GUUAUAUUAAGCUGCGGCGUAGGCCAGCAUUUCGGUUGGCUUUUCUGAAAAUCCGUGACACGGGGCGAUUUCUCUUUCCUUUUGUAUGGCCCUCAGCCGUGUGGUAGCAUUAUGGGUAUGAUUUUUGCAUCCCCUAAUUUUGACGCUUGAGCUCUGCCGGGGGCUGUUUGGGUAUGAUCGCGGCUUCCCUCUUGAUAAGGGGGAGGCUGUGGGGCUGAUUUGUCUCUGGUGAGUCAAUCUUGUGGCCGCCGCGCACUUCCACCCAAUGCACGACCUCUUUCUAGUGCCGCAUUAAAACACCCCGCGACGUGCGCAGGGGCUCCUCAUCUCUUGCUAAUAAGAUAUGCCAAUAGUAUUCACCUCGCCGCUAUGGUUGUUAUCGAAUCCACUCUGGGCACUUCCACGCCGCGCCGAUGCGCCGCAGGGGUUGCUUUAUAUUAGUGAAACAUCCAAGUGCAUGUUGGGGUGCCCGUUUUGGAGGAGGAGGUCAGGAGGGGGUACAACAUUUGCCAUUUCACACGGGGAAAAUGAAUCUUCCGGUAUCUCCAUUCCCCAAUUUUUGUGCGAGUUUUAGAAUCUUUCGCCACAUGUUCACCGUAGACGAACCCUGCGUUGCCCUCAGUAAUACCAGUCUGCGAUUUAUCAAGGAAGUCACUAGAUUGCCUUGCUUCUAGUUUGUGUAAGCAUAUUUCCCUUUCUUGCACCUUUAUCUAAUAUAAGGUGCUCGAUGUUUUUACUCAAAGCCCCGUCAGCUAAUUUGUGUAGCGUUCGAUUCACUUUCUACCACUGAAAAUAGGGUUUACAUUUUCUUUUCCCU